CUAGAACUACAUGUACAAGGACUAUUCUACGACGACAUGUACGAGGACUAUUCUAUGCAAACUUAAUUUUGCAUUAUAUAUAACCUUGCCUACGCCUCAGCUUCCAAAGCAUCACAGAUCGAUAACUAAAAAACUACUAGAAUUUCUGCAACAAUGGCCCAGGCUGAUCAGCUACUUCUACUGGAUUUGCAACCUAGCCCUUUCGCAGCAAGGGUGAGAAUAGCCUUGGCUGAAAAGGGAUUAAAGUAUGAGUCCAAAGAAGAAGAUUUGAGCAACAAGAGCCCUCUUCUUCUGAAGAUGAACCCAGUUCACAAGCAAAUCCCAGUGUUGAUCCAUAAUGGCAGACCCAUUUGUGAAUCAAUGUCAAUAGUUGAAUACAUUGAUGAAAUCUGGAACCACAAAUCUCCAUUAUUGCCUUCUGAUCCUUACCAACGAGCACAUGCCAGGUUCUGGGCUGACUAUAUCGACAAGAAGAUUUACCCAAUUGGGCGGAUGCUGUGGGCAUCAAAAGGCGAAACGAAAGAAGCUUCAACAAAGGAGUUGAUUGAAUGCUUUAAAACAUUGGAGGGAGAGCUUGGAGACAAGGCUUACUUCGGAGGUGAAAGCUUCGUCUAUGUAGACGUGGCGCUCAUUCCAUUCUAUAGCGUGUUUUACGCAUUUGAGAAACUGGGAAACUUUAGCAUGGCUGUGGAGUCCCCUAAGCUCCUGGAGUGGGCUCAGAGAUGCUUGCAGAAGGAGAGUGUGGCUAAGUCUUUAUGCGAGCCGAGCAAGGUUUAUGAAGUUGUUUUGGAGAUAAGGAAGGAGUUGGGGGCUGAGUAGAGACCUUCGAUGAGAGCAAAGCUAGCUGCUUGAUAUACUCUUUUGCACACUAGAGUGUGUUUCUGUUUCACUGUUCUUGUAUUGAAAUCUGUUUUCAUUUCCAAAUAAUUAAUAAAUUGGCUGAAAAUAAAAAUUUCAUAAAUUUUAUUUUAUUUUA